AUGUCCGCUCAACCUGUGUUCACCGGCAAAAUUCUGAUUCAAAGUGUCAGCGUGACACGCAGAGAUGAUAUUGUGUACUUCAUUCAACAACAGGAUCGAGAGUCACUUCGGAGACGAAGUACUUGGUUGCUCUCCCCAUAUCUCAUGAGUGAUGUACAGUAA